AGUCCAGUGCCUCGGCUCGGGGAAAGCCCAGCUUUUACGGUUCCGGGUGCUGGUUCCCACACCACUGCCUCGUGUGGGGUUGUUCGCCCGUGAAGGGGCAGGACAGGGUGCGCACUGAUGGAAGUUAGUGAGGUCACACACCGGGCCGUGGCGCCUGGUGCUGUGGGCGCUUCCACUGCAACCUUCGUAGCAAACCCGGCGGGGUUCUCUGCCUGCGCACCGUGGUUCCUGCGUUCAUUUACUGUCCGUUUCUCACUCUGGAAAGUGUGGCUUUGAGUUUAAUCUGCAGGAGUAGGACGGGCACAGAGGGUGUCUGCUCCUCCUCGCACCAUAAAUCGCAGAGCGAGCCCUCUGUGGUCUCUGGAUACAGUGUACCAAAGUUAGAUUAACUGUACUCCUCACAAGCGGGUCCAACGUUGGCAGCAGUGAAAAAGCCCUAAGUGUCAGGGCCUUUGGCGAAGCGUGUGUAAGGGAAUAAACACUUUCCCCAGUUUUCCAGGCGCAAACUGAUGGUUUUGGAGCAUUAAGGUCUGGUCGGCUGGGGCAGGAUGGCUGCGUUGACACGUCUUAUUUAAUCCACAUCAUAGGGGAACAAUCCUGGACCAUGACUCAACAGCCACUUCGAGGAGUGACCAGCCUGCGUUUCAACCAAGACCAAAGCUGCUUUUGUUGCGCCAUGGAGACAGGUGUGCGCAUCUACAACGUGGAGCCCUUGAUGGAGAAGGGGCAUCUGGACCACGAGCAAGUGGGCAGCAUGGGCUUGGUGGAGAUGCUGCACCGCUCCAACCUUCUGGCCUUGGUGGGCGGUGGUAGUAGCCCUAAGUUCUCAGAGAUCUCAGCAGUGCUGAUCUGGGACGAUGCCCGGGAGGGCAAGGACUCCAAGGAGAAGCUGGUGCUGGAGUUCACCUUCACCAAGCCAGUGCUUUCUGUGCGCAUGCGCCAUGACAAGAUCGUGAUCGUGCUGAAGAACCGCAUCUAUGUGUACUCCUUCCCUGACAAUCCCCGAAAGCUGUUUGAGUUUGAUACCCGGGACAACCCCAAGGGGCUCUGUGACCUCUGCCCCAGCCUGGAGAAGCAACUGUUAGUGUUCCCGGGACACAAGUGUGGGAGUCUGCAACUUGUGGACCUGGCGAGCACAAAGCCUGGCACCUCGUCUGCUCCAUUCACCAUCAAUGCACAUCAGAGUGACAUAGCCUGUGUGUCUCUAAACCAGCCAGGCACUGUGGUGGCCUCAGCCUCCCAGAAGGGUACCCUUAUCCGCCUCUUUGACACACAAUCCAAGGAGAAACUGGUGGAGCUGCGCCGAGGCACUGACCCUGCCACUCUCUACUGCAUUAACUUCAGUCACGACUCCUCCUUCCUCUGCGCUUCCAGUGAUAAGGGCACCGUCCAUAUCUUUGCUCUCAAGGAUACUCGCCUCAACCGCCGCUCCGCGCUGGCUCGCGUGGGCAAGGUGGGGCCUAUGAUUGGGCAGUACGUGGACUCUCAGUGGAGCCUGGCGAGCUUCACUGUGCCUGCUGAAUCAGCUUGCAUCUGCGCCUUCGGUCGCAAUACUUCCAAGAACGUCAACUCUGUCAUUGCCAUCUGCGUAGAUGGGACCUUCCACAAAUAUGUCUUCACUCCUGAUGGAAACUGCAACAGAGAGGCUUUCGACGUGUACCUUGACAUCUGUGAUGAUGAUGACUUUUAAGGACCCUGGGGGCUGUGCUAGGGACCUGCAGUGGCAGACUGCAGAGCUGAGUCUUGGCAGUGGGGCGUGCUUGGAAGCCACCAGCCAGCAAGCAUUAAUGGGGCCGGUGCCCACUUUCUACUCAGCAGAGCUAUGUCUAAAUAAAGAGCUCAAUUCCCCCCAGCACUUCUUGAUGACUGUGUGCCCCAAGGGCUAGGCCAGAGACCCAGGAAGGCAGCGACCCCUUGGGAUCCCUAACUUGGAGGAAAUUGCCAGGGACCCAGAGGGAGUGCCCUAAUCCAACCUGGAGAUUUUUUAAAAGCUUCCUAGUAAGAGAUGAUUUCCGAUGUGAUGAAUACGAAUAAAAGGCCCUUAAUGGCA